UCAUAAUCGUGUGUUUUUCAGAUGAGUUCCUGACAGAGGAUGCAGCCUCCUCCACUAGCCCAGUUCUCUCCCCUACACAUGGGGAGAAGUUUCAUCUGUUACCGGGAUGUUAACAAGGCCAUAGAGAGACACAGGGAAAUAUACGGGCUACGGUUGGUGUUAAAGAAAGCCACCAAACUGGAGAACUACUGCCUCACCCUCGACCAGAUGCGAGACCUCAAUUUCCGUUUGAAGUAUGGCGAGUUAGAUUACCAAUGUUCUGUGGAUAACGGGCGCCCUGGACGACCUGGGAACGACGAGCGUUGCCCUCGUCUAGUCCGUCUGCGCUUGAGUCCAGACGCACGCACUCUAAUGGUAUAUGAUACCCACUUCCAUGAACCUCAACCCAAAAGUUCAGGCCAGUUCCAGAGUCUGUCACCACCAUGUCCCGUGCCUGAGCCAGUGACAAUAAUAUCCCCCGAGGCUAUAGUGUCCAUAUCGCCGACUCUCCAGUUACCGUCAACGCCGUCCACACCAUGUCUACCUCUCCCUGCGUCCUCUGUGGGCAUCACCACACCAGAUGGCUCACACACGCCCAACUCUGUCGCCGGUUACGAAAAAAUAACUGUCAAAAUAAAAAAGUCCCAAUUUUCUCCCAACGAGAUGGUCGUCGUGGGCAGCGCUCGUGAUGCACAGGAGCAGUUUGAGCUUAGUCUUCCCAUAAUAGGACACUCGUCAAGCUUAUGUGUAAACUCCCCAGAGAAAGUGCCCAGCCAGUCCAACACACCGAGUCCAAAUAUUAUACACAAAACACUUCCUAAACCGUGGACAAAAGAACUCGCACAAAAAUUUCAAGAGAGCGUUUCGGCCACAAAAGUUGUGCGUAAGCCUCCAGGGAAGCCUGCAGAAAAGGUCAUCACUAAGCCAGUUGAGAAGAUCACAGGCAGACCUGGGGAGAAGCUGGUGACAAAACCACCAGAGAGAGUUGUCAUUAAACCUUCUGAGAGAGUAAUUGUUAAACCCCUGGAGAGGUUUACCCCUACCAAGGUUUCAGAUAGGAGCACAUCAAAACCAUCUGAUAAAAUAUCGACAAAACCUCGACAGAAUGAACGAUCGGCUGGUAGAGUUGCCUUAAAACAUCAUCAACGCACUACAGAGAAGGGCCAGAAAAAUGGGGGGAUAGUGUCUAGUACUUCUGGUAAUGGGAGCUCAUCUAUGGGUCUUGGUGUGCGGUCUGUAAAUGGCAGUAACAAACGUCUCUACAAAAAAAGGAAGUCUGCACAAUCUGAGCCUACCUGGGACUUGUCACAAAUACUUCCUCUUGAUACGGAACUUGGUUUCAACGAGAAGCAACAACUGGCUCAUGGGGUACUGCUGCGACUCCUGCGGGUCACAAGUCAGCUGCCCAUGAUAGAGUUCAGCCAUGCUCUCGACACCCUAGAGACCCUGACAGAUGCUUACCAACUGGAGCAACGUGUCAACCUCACCAUCAGUCACGACCACGAGGAAGAAAGUGAAAAUCUGUAUCAUGAUGACCCGUAUGAAGUAGUGGAUCUGGUAGAGGAGGACAAUGAUCGAUACUGUGAGUACGAAAAUGGCGUAAGUUCAACAACAGCGGAUCACAGAGUGGCAGUAACUCAAGUUGACGGUUCGAUUGAUGACUACUUUGAGAGUGAGCUUGAGGCAUCAGUCAGUAGAGAGCAAAUGGAGGCAGAGGAGAGUUCCACUUCUUGUGAGACACUCUUGGAUGAGGAUGGGGACCACCAGACACAAAGAUCAGACUCAGUCCAAAUGUGGAAGAUAUCAAUGAGCUCCUUGUAACUUGGGCUUUUAUAUUAAAUAUUUUUAUAUGACACAAACUAAGUUACCAUAAUGUAUUGUGGGCAAGAAGUAUACCAAGACUGCCAAGAAGUGACUUUGAAAAAUAAUAUAUAUAUACCUGUAUAUAUUAUUUAUUUUAGCAAUUUGUGAGACUGUCAGUGAAUGUUUGUCAAAUUUUUAUUUUAGAUUAUUACUGAUUUUUUAUAAUAUGAAUUAUAUCUUGAAACAGUACUGUAGUAUGGUGAUGAUCAGCAUAAAGGAAGAUCUUUCUUUUGUUAAAUUACAUGUAAAGUUCAUUAGAAUAUUACAGUAAUUAAGAAGACAAUCAAUCCAGUUUAUAUUCACUGGUAAUUUUUACAGAAUUUUUUGACAAAUAUUCAGUUCACAGGAAUGAUAGUGAACAUCACUGCCAGCUAAAUAACUCUAAAAGGAAGUCUUGCAUAUUGCAAGGUUUUCCCUCCUGUCCCUCUGAACCCAGUAUCUUGUACAGGUAUCCCUUGCUAUACGAAUGUUCGAGAUACGAAAAUUCAUUUUACGAAUUUCCUGAAUUACCACCUGUUUAUGUGUUAGGUAAGCUUCCCCUGCUUAUACAAAUUUGGGUCCCAGCAGAAAUUCAAAUUGUGCUCCCCCCCCAAGAGUCAGCUGGGGCAGCCACAUCCCCCUCACACUCUUCCUACCACGUGGAGGAGGUAGGAGUUAUGUUAUGGCUAUUUUUCAACUUGUAAGUUUGGGUAUACAGUAUAAGCAUGCCUUAAUUUUUUUUUUUUUUUCAUUCAGUUACAUGCACACACAAUCCUACAUACAUAUUGUAAUGUGUAUAAAAAUGUACAGUAAAAGAAAUAACUAUCAUAAGGUCAAACACAUCAACAUUUUUGUGUGUGAGAACCGGAGGGGGAGCUUUGCUUAGGGUUGGCAGAAGUAGCCAGGCUGUGGUGAUGCUUGAGGGCAGCCACGCAUGAAACAAAUGGCGCCACUGGCGGCUGUAUUAAUCUUUGAUUUAGUUUUUUCUUAAUAGUUUUAGCUGCAUAUCUUUGUCUAGAUUGUAUUUUAUUAAUGCUUUUAAUAUGUUAGGUAGUAAAUUACAGUCAUUGUGAAGCUACAUUUAUCAUUAGUUAGAUAUUGUAGGUCUUUUCUUGUUUGUGAACCAUUUUCCCAUUUGUUCUUUUAUUUGCUAUAUGAAAAUUCACUUAAUUAUUUUUUUAACCUAACCCAUUCGUAUAUCGAGGUGUACCUGUACCUAACCUAUGUGUAACCCGAACUUAUUCUUGUACACACUGGCCCUGCCACUCUCUCUCUCUCUCUCUUCUCAAACACUCCCUCAUCAGUUUCUCUCUUCACAUUCUUUACACUGUAAAUGACAGUAAAAUUUUCCAUUAUUAUAUAUGCAAUUUGAUUCUGCAUGUGCUACCCUGCUUAGAAUAUGGGAAGGGCUGUUUACAAUGUACAUAAGUGUAGAUAGAUUUUUGCCUUGAUUCAUCCGUAGUUGUUUUCUGUGUUCAGGGCAGAGUAACUCAUGCAGGGAAUCUCCCAAACAAUUUAAUGCACGCUGAAAAUAGUACAGUAUAGUGUAUACACAAUAUUUUUUAUGAUGAAAAGUUGAUUUCAAAGAGAAUUGUAUUUGAUAUAAUCUUUAUGGUAAAUUUAAAUCUAAUAAUUUGAUCAUUGACAAUAUAAGUAUGAAAUGAUUUUUGUAGAUGACUUGUACUCUCAACAGGGCCUUCAGUUGGGAUUGUAGUGGUGUCAGUUUUCAAUUUUCUGUGACAAUUUCAGGUUUGUGAAUCAGUUUUCAGUUUGCUGUCCCAAUUUUGGUGUAAGUGCCAAUGGAACUUUUUUUUUUUUUUUUUACUUCUACUUUAUGGUGAUCGGAGUCAGGGUUUAUUAUGAACUAUCUCUCCAUCAUACAGUAUGGACAAAUACACUGUUACCUCUGUUCAUCAGCCUGUCUAUUGGACCACUUGAGCAAACAAAUCUCUGCUGAUCCUCUUGAAAAUUGGGAUGCAAGUUCACAUGAAUAAUUUGAUAAAGCUGUAUAAUCUGUGUUUUAUAUGCUGGUUAUUAGAGCUAUGGCCUUCUGUUACACUGAGAAAUUUUGGCUAGGUGAAAAAUCAGUGAAGGUGUAGUGUGUGUUGUAGAAGGUGAGGGAAACAACUUAUUUUGUGUGUGUGUGCGUGUCACCUUCAGCACCUGUGUGCGUUCAUGGCACCUUACCAGUUUUUAAGUUUUUGUGAACAAUCCGAUCAAAAUUGCUGCUGCUAAGAGUCAUUUAUAAAUUGUCAAAAGGGUUGUUCUGAAUUACUUGAGUAGUAUUUUUGCAUUUUUAUUCACUUUAAUUUAGUAAUAUUUUAAGAGAUUGCAUUUCAAUAAAUGCAAUACCUGUAGACCAGUUAUGUUUAAAACUGCUUUUAACACUUUUAGAACUUACUGUUAGUUCCUUUAUAGACAGUUUUGAUGCCUAAUUUAGCUUUUCUAAAAAAAUCCUUGUGUGGAAGUAUACAAGCAAGAUGGUGGGUGAAUUUAUAAAAUUGUAUGUUUGAGAUUGGAAUAAGAUAGAAAUAUUUGUAUUUCAUUACACAUAUUUUUGAGAGGAACUAGUGCAAGCUUUAACACUGUCACCUUAGUGUAGGAUAAUGAAAACUGAGGCCAGUACACCCAUGCUUUUGACUAAUUUAAGGGCUAAUGAUUUAGAUGUAAGAUUUACAAAUUUUUAAUUAUAGAGUAAUUAUUUUUCUAAUGUGUGGAGGAUAUGUGUGUGUGUCUUCAAAGAUCCUAAUCAAUGUGUUAUGUUUUAUCAGGUUAGGAUAUCAAUUGGAUCUCUGGGGCAAACAUUUUUGACAAUCUUUAAAUUAUUAUUUUAGCUGACAAAGUCUUAAGGACAUGAACAUGACUGCCUUCUAAUAGUGCAGAUUAAUGUCUAUAUCACAUUUGUGGUAUACUGAGUUAGAUAUAGAUAGUAAAGAUGGUACUAAGAGGCAUUUCUUGAGUCUCUAUUCUAUGAUACAUCAUUCAUUCAUCUAUUCACAGUACAGUACAGCCAUCACUGAUGUGUAGAGAUAUCACCAGUGAACACCCCCCUCCCUCACACUCACAUUCAAACUUCCUCGGUAUCUCUUAUAAGAAGACAUUACUUUCAGCUCAGGAUGUAAUUGAACUGUGAGGAGAAUUGUUGGUUAAGAAUUUGGGAAAGGGAAAUUUAGUAAAAAAUCCAAGAUGUUCUCUAGAUACUUAUCUUUUUGACAGGUGAAUUUGAAGACCAGUGCAAAGGUUUUUUCUUGGCAAGUUUGAGAAAAAUUCUGCCCCUCAAAGAAAAGUACAGUUUACUUUUAUUAGAGCACAUGUUGCUGCUAACAGAUUUAGGACACUCAUGUAACUUAUGUAUUGUUCAUCAUAAAUUUCCUUGGGAUUGUGAGAACUGUGUUUGGUUGAAUGAGAGGAACUGCCCCCCCCCCCUCCCCUCCCAUCCUUCCUGGAUUGUGGGAACUGCCUUUGUUUGGUUGACUGAGGCAAACUCUUGGGAACAAAAUAUAAUAUUCAGUGUGCUAUGAGUGAGUCAUCAGUUUGCACAAUCAUUUUAACUGAAAUCUUAUCAAGUGUGGUUCAGGUAGGUGUGACAAUAUAGUUCAGGUGCAACAGGAGAGACCUUCAUUGAGUUGGAACCUUUCUAUCAAAUGUAUAAUCAUCAUUGUUAUGGAGUGUAUAUUACACCUGUAUUUUCAUCCUUGUUAUGGAGUGUAUAUUACACCUGUAUUUUCAUCCUUGUUAUGGAGUGUAUAUUACACCUGUAUUAUCAUCCUUGUUAUGGUCUGUAUCUUACACCUGUAUUAUCAUCUGUAUCUUAUACCUGUGUUGAUUGACCUGUUUUGCUUGUGAGUUAAAAAUUGUCUUGAAAAUUAAGUGUGUUAAUCUUGUUGAGAUGUUUGCUGAGAAAAGUUGAAGUAUAUUAGAAUGGAACUCUGUAGGUCAGUCUCUGUAGUGUUUGUAGUGAACACUUAUGUCUUUUAUUUAUUUAAAUAUAUAUAUAUUAAAAUCUUGUUAA